CUCACCACAUUUAACAAUGUGGCUACAAAAGCAGAACACGUCCUUGUCUGACUGAAGAGCAGAAUGCCCGGUCUGAUGUAUACAGGCAUGUGUCAUCUGACGCGUAGACUCUUUCACACAUGGGUAUACAAUCAAUCUUUAAUUCCACGCAACAGAAAGGUUGCUUUAACAUUUCCAAAGACGUUCCUCUUUUUAAAACCUGCUAAAUCGAUGCAGUCCACAAUGCUAUCUACACCUAAGUCACUUGCUGGUGAAAAGAACAUUGUUCUUCUUGGUGCUCCUGGUGCAGGGAAGACAACAGUAGCAGUGUUUGUUGGUCAGAUUACUGGCCUUCACGUGAUACAUAUUAAUGACAUACUUGAAAAGACAUGGCAUAUGAGUGUUGCUCAGAAGCUGCAGGAGGUUGGUGAGGAACUGUUUUUGCAAGAGGAGGGAGAAAUCCUUCAGAAGCUUUCAACAGUCAGAAGUGUUAUUUCUCUUACUGGGUCCAAUCCUAUGCAUCCCUCUAGUAUGUACCAUGUUAAAAAGAAUGGAAUAGUUGUUUACCUUGAUGUACCUCUUGAAGAUAUACUGGAAAGACUUGGAGGGAUGAAUGUCAACCAUAUUGUUGGGCUGAGGCCCGGUGUUUCAAUGCAAGAAAUAUUUCGGUACAGACAACAAUUUUACCACCAGUGGUAUGAUGUACGUGUCCUCUGUCAGGCUGGUGACACAGCUGAAGCAGUUGCUGUGAAGGUACUUGAUGGUAUAAAGAGAUAUCAAGACUCUAAAUCAGGAAUAUUUCUUUCCACAAGAAGUAUAGAUAAUAACGUUGAGUUCAUGCAAAACCCCAGCUUCUUCACUGAUGUUGUUAUCGAAGGCAUGGCUUUAGAUGGAGGUCUCUUUGUGCCUGCAGAUCCAUUUCCAGAAUUGACUGCUGGAGAGUGGCAAAGAUUGGUUGAAGCUUCUUACACUGAACGGGCACAAGUCCUCCUCGAGAAGUGUAUCCAUCCUAAUGAUGUGCCAGCUGUCAUUCUGCGAGAGAUGGUGAUGAAAGCAUAUGGACAGAACUUUUCUUGUAAUGAGAUAGCACCUGUCAGACAUUUGAGUGGCAGCCAGUUUCUUCUUGAAUUGUUUUAUGGACCCACAGCUUCCUUCAUGGACUUUGCAUUGCAGAUGUUACCACAGCUAUUUGCAUAUUGUAUGCCUAGAACUUGCAAUUAUCUAAUUCUAGUAGCUACAUCUGGGGAUACAGGGAGUGCUGUUUUGGAUGGUUUCCUUCGCCUCAGUGAUACUGACAAACAAAGAAUUGCAAUUCUCACAUUCUUCCCUGAAGAGAGAAUUAACCAGCUUCAGAAGGCACAGAUGAUUAGUUACAAAGCAGAAAAUGUAAGGUCUGUUGGUGUUAAGUCUAACCUUGAGUUCUGUCAAACGAUUGUAAAACAGAUAUUCACAAAUCCUGUCUACACAGGCUUCCUAACUGUUGAAUAUGGUACAGCUUUGUGUACUGCAAACUCAACAAACUGGGCUUGUUUGCUGCCACAGGUCGUCUAUCAUGCCUCUUCUUAUCUUGAUCUUAUUAACCAAGGUGUAAUUACCUUUGGAGAUCCAAUUGAUAUUUGUAUUCCCACAGGUAACUUUGAUAAUAUAUUGGCAGCGGUAUAUGCAAAAUGUAUGGGGAUUCCAAUUCGUAAAUUUAUUUGUGCUUCUAAUCAAAGUAGCACACUGACUGAUUUCAUAAGGACUGGCAAAUAUGAUUUGAGGCAUGGAAAUGUGACUGCUUUUCCUCCGACAUUAGAUGUUCUGAAAGCCUCCAACAUUGAAAGAUAUUUACACCUUGUUUCACAAGGUAGUGGAUUGCUGAUGACCAAGCUAUUUUCCCAGCUUGAAGAACAAUAUUACUUUCAGGUGCCAAAUCCUUUACUUGAGAGAAUUCAACAUGAUUUUGUGUCAGACUGGUGUUCGGAGGGAGAGUGUCUAGAUGCUAUCUACUCUGUUUAUAGAUCCACAGGUUACAUUCUGGAUCCAGACACUGCUAUGGCAAAAGUGGUAGUGGAUCGUCAACAUGAUGGGACCUGUCCUGUUGUUGUUGUGUCAACAGCUCAUCCUUGCAAGUCAGCAGCCGCUGUGCUGCAGGCUUUAAAGGUUAAAGAAAAAAGUCAGCAACCCAUUGAUCAACUGCAGAUGUUGAACUCCUUAAACUCCAUGCCUUUAAUUCACAGUGCUGUGCUGGAAAGGAUUAGAAAGGCUCACACCCAGGAUAACCAAGUAUGUCCAGCUGAUCCAAGUGACAUUAUGGACAAUAUAGAAAGAUUUAUUUAUCAGAAAUUCAUGUGUGUGGCUUAAGUUUGUUCAUGCUUUGAUAUUGACCUGUAAAUUCCUAACUCAUCAUGAUCCAAGGUUGAAGAAUUUUUUCUGCUUGAAUAUUUCCACAUUUAAAAAUACAGAAUCAUUGUAUGUUGCUGGAGUACAUUUAGUGUUAUCAUGUUAAAAAUUGAUUUGUGAACUUUAGACACCUACAUCCACUGUGCUUUCCUGCUAACAAAUUAUUAAA